UGGCUCCGCGCGGCUGCGGUUCCCUCCGGGGGCGGUGAUGCUCCCCGGCGGUCCGCCAGGACAGCUGCAGACAAACGCCUCGAAAUAAGGGAACAAAAACAUGAAAAACUGCGAGUAUCAGCAGAUCGACCCACAGGCACUCCCGACGCCCAUCCCGACCCCGACCCUCCCGCCUCCUCCGCCGGGCAGCGACGCCGACAAGCCGGGGGAGCCCAGAACAAGACCCCGGAGAAAGUGGCAGGUGUUCCCCGGGAAGAACCGCUUCUACUGCGGCGGGCGGAUCAUCGUGGCCCGGCAGAGCGGGGUCCUGCCCCUCACCCUGGGCCUCAUCCUCGUCACAAGUGGAUUAUUCUUUAUUUUUGACUGUCCCUUCCUGGUCAAACACCUGACCAGCUGCAUACCCGUCAUUGGAGGCGUCCUCUUCGUGUUUGUGCUGAUCACGCUGCUCCAGACCAGCUUCACCGACCCGGGCAUCCUGCCCAGAGCCACGCCAGACGAGGCCGCGGACGUCGAGAAGCAGAUUGAUAACACGGGAAACACCAGCUACCGGCCUCCACCGCGCACCAAGGAGGUCCUCAUCAACCAGCAGGUGGUCAAACUCAAGUACUGCUUCACCUGCAAGAUGUUCCGGCCGCCGCGCACCUCCCACUGCAGCCUGUGUGACAACUGCGUGGAGAGGUUCGACCACCACUGCCCCUGGGUGGGCAACUGCGUGGGGAAACGCAACUACCGCUUCUUCUACACCUUCAUCGUGUCGCUGUCCUUCCUGACGGCGUUCAUCUUCGGCUGCGUGACCACGCACCUCGCGCUCAGGGCUCAAGGUGGGAAAGGGCUGGUGUUUGCUAUCCAGGAGAGUCCUGGCAGUGCAGUGGAGCUCGUCAUCUGUUUCUUCUCCGUCUGGUCCAUCUUGGGCCUCUCAGGCUUCCAUACAUAUUUGGUGGCUUCCAACCUGACCACGAAUGAAGACAUUAAAGGCUCCUGGUCAGGAAAGAGUGGCGAAGACGUCACCAACCCAUACAGCCACAGGAACAUCUGCGUCAACUGUUGCUCGGUGCUCUGCGCUCCGAUGCCUCCCAGCCUGAUCGACAGACGGGGCUUCCUGCCGGCGGACGAGUCGGUCCAGACCUGCAGCGCGGACAUCGAGGCGCCGGCUCCGGCCGCCAAGAGAGACGUGAACGUGUGCGCCCAGGGAACCAAAGGCCUGCUGGAGUCGGCGGCGCUGUCCGCCUCCUGCCCUCAGGGGAAGCCGCAGACGGCUCAUCCGGGUCCGGACGGUGGCCCGGCGGCCAACUCCCACCCCUCCCUCCAGAUCUCCAGGACGCCGCAGGCUGUCGGGGACGCGUCGCCGCCGCGCCACUCCAAGAGCCGCGCCAAGAAGUGCAGGCGGGCGGCCCUGCAUAUCCCCAACCCCGCCUUCGAGGAGCCCGCCUCCCCGACCUCUCCGGACGCCGAGCCCGUCUCCAGAGCCAAGGGCCGCAAAGGCGCCGGUCCGGUGCCGUCGCGCUGACGGACGUCCUCCAGUGAAAAAAAACACUAAACUUGCAUGCUGCACAUAGUCAGAUCCGAGCCGUGCAGAGUCUUUCUUUAACCGCCGCCGGUCGUCUGAAGGCGGCCGAUUAGUACGACAAUCACGUCAGCUGCGAUGCGGUCGAGGUUCUGGUGUAGAGCGGAGAGCGCAGGCCAAGUCUAUAAGACGUAGCAGGUUCUAGGAAGAAUCU